AUGUCCAAGUGGGUGGCCAAGAAGGAAGAUGUCGCCAACGGUUUGCGGUCAGACCGCAGCGGCAAAGGCCUGGGGAAAGACGCUGGAGCAGCUGCCCGCCAAGCGGGCAUGGUGCGCCGGCAGAUCCGCCUGGCUGCACAAGAAGCCCGAAGUGAUCGCAGGAUCUUUGGUCCGGUGGGCCAAGCUUCCAGCACACUUGCGCCAGCUGUGGAGGCACUGCUCAACAACUCGCGAGGUGAAGAAGAUUCGAAAGGACGGCAGAAGGGCUGGGAUGGCUGGAGCGAGUGGGGUUGGGCAGAGUGGAGCUGGCAAUCCGGACAGGACUGGAAAGGCUACGCGAAAGGCAGUCCUUGGACAUACGAAUCCAAGGAAUGGCAAGAGUGGGAGUGGGAAGAGGAUCCCUGGGAGGACGCUUCAGAGUGGGAUGAGUACAUCACAGUCAAGGAUUCCAUUGUCCGUGUUGAGCUGAGCGGAGCAGAGCUGGGCGAUGCUGACUUGAAGGAGCUGAUGAAGUACUUAGACGAGUAUAUGCAGCGAUAUGUCGAUGAGCACGGUCACUAUGCAAUGAACAUUGACCUGAGCUGCAACUCGUACAUAACAGACAAGGGAGUAGAAGCGCACUUGGUCUCCUUUCUGCAGAGGUGGCCCGCUUGUCAGCGCCUGAAGUUGUACAAGAAUGCCCUGGGUGAUCCAACGCUGAAGGCGUUGAGCAGCUGGGUGGCGGAUGGCCACGCCCACGAACUCCACCUGUCAGAUCUCUCCGGCAAGGUCACGAGUGAUGGAGUGCUCCAUUUUCUCAAGGAGAUCCACCAGAAGCAGAAGUACCCGUACGGCAAGGGGAAAUGCCCCCUGUGGUUGAGGCUCGAGCACAACGGCAUUUCUGAUGUUGACGGCCUGUUGGAGAAAGCGCAGUCCCUGGGCAUCUCCGUGUCCCUCGUGGACAAGCACGACUUGGCUCGGGUCCGACCUGGAAAGGGCGGAAAAGACAACGUGGCCAUCAACUUAGUGAUGUUUCGGCCGCAGGACCGUCGUGGCAAAGGACACGUCGAGCACAAGGGUACACAGGAGACGGAGGACAAGAGUGCCAAGACACAGGAUGAGGAGUCUAGAGACUCCAAAGAGUCCAAGGAGACGAAAGAGUCAAAGGACAAGAAGGCCAAAGAGCCAAAGAGGCCAGCUGCAAAGCCCUUGACAGCGAGUGACCUGCAAAUGGGGGCAGCAUCCUACCGAAGUACGCUCAAAGAGAAGGAGAAAGGACAAUCGGCGCCCAAGGCGAAACCUGGGAAGAUAGACAUCGCAUCUUCAGCGGCCUUCCCCUGCCUGGGCCCGGACAAGGAGGGCGGUUGGGGAGCGCCCAACCUCCAAGCCGCGGUGGCGUGGGGCGCAGCGCCGACGGCCGUCUUUGCGGCCCCCAAGCCCAAGCUGUCGCCAGCACUAGGUCCAACACCCAAGGAGCCCGCCCACAUGCAUGCGAAUGCGCAUGCACCAACGAAUGCACAGGAGGAACGAGGGCCAGGGCUGGGGCCGAGUGCUGCACCUGGAAAGUGGCCUGGUCUUCCCGGCCCGAACGUCGUCCCUGUCGUCCCCGCCGGCCCCGGCCCUGUCGGCCCUGUUGGCGCUCCUCCCACCGAUCCUCCCAGACAGAUUCCCAUCGGUGCAGACGCCAGAGCUUUGAAACCAGGUGCGGUGAGUGCUGUCGGUGAGAUCGACAAACCAAAAGCUCCUCUUGCGCCACCUUCCCCACGAGGUAUGGAGAGAAAUUCAAAGGCUCCGCCGACGGCACCCCCUAGCAGUCCGCCGCGCCAGGAGGCGUCAGCAAAGACUGGCGGGCCCUCGUUGGUACUGCCACCAGCGCCCGCUGCACCAGCGGCACCGGCACGUGCGCCUGCAACGACUGCGCCGCUUGCGGCACCCGCAACACCAGCACCAGUUGUGCCUGCGCCGGCGGCUUCACCGGCACCAGCGGUGCCAGCAGCGCCGGCUCCGGCAGCACCGGCCCCGGUGUCGCCGGCUCCGGCAGCGCUGGCUCCGGCAGCACCAGCUCCGGCAACACCGGCGCCGGCAAAACAGGCGCCAGCGGCGGCACCAGCGACGGUUCCGGCAUCACAGGCGCCAGCAGCAGCAGCAGCAGCAGCAGCGCAGGCAGGGCCUACGCCGGCAGCGCCGGCAGUGCUGGCUCCAACAGCACCAGCGCCGGCGCCAGCGGCACCGGCACCAGUGGCUCCGCCCUCGACAGCGCCAAUUGGUGCGCCACCCACAGAUGCACCUGAGCGGAGGGUGAUAUUACCUAAUGCGCCCGCCAAGCCUGCCCCAGCAGUACCCGCACCCAAGACACAGCUCCCGCAAGCGCCGCAAACACCAGCGCCGCCUCCACCUUAUGCGCCGCAAGCGUUGCGCCUGCCCCCAGCACCCACAAUGCCCGCGCCGACUCCCCAAACAGUUCCGCUGCCUGCAGCCCCGACAGCGCCAGCCGUAGCUGUUCCGGCCCCUGCGGCGGCCCCUGCGGCCCCUGCGGCCCCUGCGGCUCCGGCAACUCUUGUGGUCGCUGCGGCCUCUGCGGCCCCUGCCCCAACCGCGGCCUCCGCAGCCCCAGCCCCUGCGCCCGCAGCCACUGCAGCCCCAGCGCGGAAAGAUCAAGGUACAGAGGCCGAGCCGGAUUUCACCGCCAUCUACGAGGUGCCUGGUGACAUUGUGUGGAAGCCGCUUUCCUACGCGGAGAAAAAUAUCCUCAAGGCUCGAAAGAAGAUCCGAGAGAUCGAAAAAAUCGAGGAAGCCAUGUUUGGAAAAGGAAAGCUCGAGCCCGGGCAGCUGGCCAAAGUGCAAAGAAAAGCUGAAUUGGAGCAGGAGUUGAGAGUCUAUGAGCAUAGAAGCCAUUCUCAAGGAGGACGCAACCUGCAGGAGUUAGAGAAGGCAGAGCACUGGCGCAAGACUCAUGAGCGCUACGAGCAUGCCGCAAUAAGCAUUCAGAAGGUCAUGCGGGGCUGGGAGGCUCGCAAAUGGCUUCCUGAGUUGAGGGAGGAAGCCCAGGCUCGCCAAGCAGAAAAAGAGGCGGCAGCACAGGCGAUCCAAAAGGUAUUCCGAGGGAUGCAGACCAGGAAGACAUUGAUCAAGCCUGUCGUGCAUGAAGAAGUUGAGGCCGCGCCAGAGGACGCCGUCGAGGUGAGUGACGAGGAGGCUGUGCCUGACAGCUGGGAGACUAGCGCUGAGACAAAGGCCAGCCCUGCUCCUCCGGUCUUGGGUUUCCGCCUGCCUCCGCCCGGGACUGUGACCAGGUCUUUGCCGCAGGCCUCCUGGCAGGCCCUUCACGGGGAGGAGGAGCCGUUGGUUGAACCACCUGCAAUGCCCUCUUCGCCUCCGCCCGAUCAACCGAAGGAACACCACGACUUUCCUGCAUCUGCCUUCGCCAAGUUUUUGCAGCGCGUGGGAGAUUGGAAGGAGCCAGCGGCGACAGAGGAACACAGGAUGGAGAGUGACGAGACUCCGGAGAUGUCUCAGGACGUAAACCAGGCUGCCCAGGUUGACCAGGCGGAGGGCCAUGGUGAUGCGGCCGUGGAGGUUCCUGAUGAGGCUCAGCUUGCGCCUGUUGCUACGGAGGGCUCGGCCCUCUCCAAGUUCCUGAAGCGGAUUGGCACGGCUCCAGAGCCGGCGGCGGCCACGGCGGCCACGGCGGCCACCGCGGCCACCGCGGCCACCGCGGCCACCGCGGCCACCGCAGCCACGGCCACUGUGGCGGCAGCCGCGCAGCCAGCACUGGCAGCGGAGGAAGUUGAGGCGGCAGAGACGGAGAUGGCGGAGACGGCGGAGACGGCGGAGCCUCCGGAGGCCCGACCGAUGGUUCGACCUCCCUUGCAUCCGCUCGCGGCACCUGCACAGGUGGGUGGCUUCAGCAAGUUCUUCCAGAGGAUUUCUGGACACGCAGCUCAAGAAGAUCACAAAGAGGACAAAGACCUCAAGGAUAGAAUCAAGGUUGCUGAGAGGGAGGAAUUGAAAGAUGCAAAGACUCCAGCAGAGGCAAAACCGGUUGAUGAGGACGAGAGAAUACAAGAGGUGCACAAGCUUGAUCAGAAGUUUGUCAGCUUGGUGCUGGGGAAGAAACAAUCUUUGGCUGAACAGUCUGGCGCAUCAAUUGAGAUUGACCAGAACCUUCCAGCGGGAAUGCCCCGGAUGGUGAUUUAUAGAGGGACCAAGAAGCAGGUCACCACAGCAAAGAGGCUGCUGGAUGGAGUAGUGCAGAAGGAGGAGAAGGCAGAAAAGGAGGAGAGGGCCACAGCGGCUGUCGUCCGUGAAAAGGACGAAAAGCGGACAGAAGAUGGCAGGACUGAUCUGCCGCUGUGGCGGCGGGGGAAGCCGGGCGAGGAGGAGAAGCCGCCAGAGCGGAGGCGCAAGGAGUGGAACAAGCCCAAGGAGAUUGAAGCAGCGCCCAGCGGCUCUUUGACCGGGUCCCUGACUGCCGCAGCAAGUAUGCGGCCUGCAUGGAUGAGACCCAAGGAGCCCGAUGAAUCCAAAUUCUCCGAUAAGUCGGUGUGGUCUGAGCAGAAAUAUUCACGAAGCCUAUUUCUCCAAGCCAAGCAGAAGAUCCUCAAGAUGAAGGCGUAUGAGGUGCCUGAGGAGAUGAUGACCAUGACGACCGGCCCUCGUCCAAAGUAUAGGAAAGAGAAUGACGAGGACGAUGAAGAAAGAAGAGAACGAAGAAGAAAGGCGAAAGAAGCCAAGGAGGCGGAGCGAGCUCGUCUGCAGCUUGAGCAGAGCGAGCAACCUGAGCCCCUUGAGAGUGAGCAGCAGCACCGCGAUCGCCGUGAGCACGAGCGCGAGCCUGACAAGACAGAGGUGAAGCAUCAGCCAAAGGUGAAGGCUGAGGCCAGGCCGCGCAACGCGUCCUACGAGAAUCUGCCUGGCGACUCUAAGGAACUGCUGAAGCUGAAGAAGAAGCUCCGAGAGAUCCAGAAGAUCGAGGAUGCCAUGGCUGCCGGGGAGACUGUCGAACCCCUGCAAGCCGAGAAGGUGAACAAGAAGGAGGCGUACCUGGAUGAGCUCCGCUUCCUUGAGUCCAUCCAACCAGGUGAACUUGGCUGA